UAAGAUGGUGCAGCGCACCGCUUCUUCCGCCACGGAGACUUCCUCUCUCUUCCUCGCUGUCUCUCCGUCUCUCUCUCUCUCUAGGAUCUUAGAUCUCACUGUGCCUCUGCUGAUUCCGAUCUCUCCCUUGAAGAAAAGCAUCGGGAGUCUCUCGGAAGGCAAAGAUGGUGAAGAUCUGCUGCAUUGGUGCUGGCUAUGUCGGUGGCCCAACCAUGGCCGUCAUUGCCUUGAAAUGUCCCUCCAUUGUGGUGGUUGUUGUAGACAUCUCUGCCACUCGCAUUGCAGCAUGGAACAGUGAUCAACUCCCAAUCUAUGAACCAGGGCUUGAAGAUGUGGUUAAGCAGUGCCGAGGAAGGAACCUCUUCUUUAGUACUGAUGUAGAGAAGCAUAUCUGUGAUGCCGAUAUCAUCUUUGUCUCAGUCAACACUCCAACCAAAACCCGUGGCCUUGGUGCAGGGAAGGCUGCUGAUCUUACCUAUUGGGAGAGUGCAGCUCGCAUGAUCGCUGAUGUCUCAAAAUCUGACAAAAUUGUGGUCGAGAAGUCCACUGUCCCUGUAAAGACUGCUGAGGCAAUCGAAAAGAUCUUAACCCACAACAGCAAAGGCAUAAAUUACCAGAUCCUCUCCAACCCUGAGUUCCUUGCAGAGGGUACAGCAAUUCAGGAUUUAUUCAACCCUGAUCGAGUGCUUAUAGGUGGGCGGGAGACCCUGGAGGGUCGGAAGGCUGUCCAAGCACUGAAGGAGGUCUAUGCCAAUUGGGUUCCUGAGGAUAGAAUUAUUACAACCAAUCUAUGGUCUGCUGAGCUAUCCAAGCUCGCUGCCAAUGCCUUCUUGGCUCAGAGGAUCUCAUCAGUGAAUGCCAUUUCGGCACUUUGUGAGGCUACAGGAGCAAAUGUAUCUGAGGUGGCUUAUGCUGUUGGGAAGGACUCCAGAAUUGGGCCUAAGUUCUUGAAUGCAAGUGUUGGAUUUGGUGGCUCCUGCUUCCAGAAGGACAUUCUUAACUUGGUCUACAUCUGUGAAUGCAAUGGUCUUCCAGAAGUGGCCAACUAUUGGAAGCAGGUUAUCAAGAUCAAUGACUACCAGAAAAGCAGGUUUGUGAACCGGGUGGUUUCCUCCAUGUUCAAUACUGUUUCUGGAAAGAAGAUUGCUGUACUUGGGUUUGCAUUCAAGAAAGACACAGGUGACACAAGGGAGACGCCAGCCAUUGAUGUUUGCAAGGGCCUUUUGGGGGACAAGGCCAAGAUUAGCAUCUACGAUCCUCAAGUAUCUGAAGACCAGAUUCAGCGUGAUCUUGCUAUGAAUAAGUUCGACUGGGAUCACCCUAUCCACCUGCAGCCAAUGAGCCCAACAGCCGUGAAGGAGGUGACAGUGACCUGGGACGCAUACGAGGCCACCAAGGGAGCACAUGGGGUCUGCAUCCUGACUGAAUGGGAUGAGUUCAGGAAGCUGGAUUAUGCAAAAAUCUUCCAGAACAUGCAGAAACCAGCUUUUAUCUUUGAUGGGCGCAAUGUGGUGGAUCCGGAGAAGCUAAGGGAGAUUGGAUUCAUCGUUUUCUCGAUUGGGAAGCCAUUGGAUCCGUGGCUCAAGGACAUGCCUGCUGUGGUCUAAUUGGGAGCUCAGUGGAGAGCGAUAUACGGUAAAAGACUCUUUACGGAUCAGGGUUAGGUUUUGAGUUUCAAACUGAGGAUUCUUCAAAACUAUUGUCUUGUAUUGGGUAUUUUUCUGUCUUUUGUCCUCACAUUUUAGUUAGACAGGGAAUGGUUGAUUGCACUGUUGUCCUUCCUCCACCACUCUUACAUACUUUGUGUCGAAGUGUCUUCUGUUGCAUUAUCUGCUAGGGUAUUGUACUCCAUUCAUUCUUGCUGUGAGAGGAAAACACGAAUUGCUAGUUCAUCUGAAUGCCA